AUGGGUAAUGUGACGUCUAACGUGGCGGCGAAGUUCGCUUUCUUCCCACCAACGCCGGCUACGUACGGCGUAAGUAAAGACGAGGAGACAGGAAAGCUCAUGUUCACCGGAGUCACGCCUGAAAAAAGCAUGGAGGUUCACCAAGUUACCACCAAAUCAGGCAACAAGGUCGUCGCUACGUUUUGGAAACACCCAUUUGCAAGAUUCACUCUCCUCUAUUCCCAUGGCAAUGCUGCUGAUCUCGGCCAAAUGGUCGACCUCUUCAUCGAGCUCCGAGCUCAUCUCCGUGUCAACAUUAUGAGCUAUGACUAUUCAGGGUAUGGAGCUUCAACAGGCAAGCCGUCUGAGGGCAAUACUUACCACGAUAUCGAGGCUGUGUACAACUGCUUGAGGAGCGAGUAUGAGAUCAAGCCAGAGGAGAUGAUUUUGUAUGGUCAGUCCGUUGGAAGCGGACCAACGUUGUACUUAGCGUCACGAUUGAAGAGACUAAGAGGAGUUGUUCUUCACAGCGCAAUUCUCUCUGGCAUUAGAGUUUUGUACCCUGUCAAAAUGACAUUAUGGUUCGAUAUAUAUAAAAACAUUGAUAGGAUACGACAUGUCACAUGCCCUGUUCUUGUCAUACAUGGAACAAAAGAUGAGGUGGUUACCAUGUCGCAUGGGAAGAAACUGUGGGAGCUUUCAAAGGACAAGUAUGAUCCAUUGUGGGUUAAAGGAGGAGGGCAUUGCAACUUGGAGACGUAUCCUGAGUACAUAAAGCACCUGCGCAAAUUCAUAAACGCAAUGGAGAAACUAGCUCUCAACAAUCCACCAUCCAGACAACUAGACGACGAGCCAAGCAAUACUGAAACUAAGCUCACCUGUUGCUUAAGAUUCAAGAAAAAGUAG